AUGAUUGCCAUCGGACUCGAAGGCUCCGCCAACAAGCUUGGCGUGGGCAUCAUGUUGCAUCCCGAGGAUGGCAGCACCCCGCAGGUCCUUGCUAACAUUCGUCACACAUAUGUCUCUCCUCCUGGCGAGGGGUUUCUCCCCAAGGAUACUGCCCGGCACCAUCGCGCGUGGGUAGUGAAGCUUGUAAAGAGAGCACUCCGAGAAGCUCGCGUGUCUGUUGACGAUGUGGAUUGCAUCUGCUUUACCAAAGGCCCCGGCAUGGGUGCUCCUCUCCAAAGUGUCGCUGUGGCUGCCAGGACGCUCAGUCUUUUAUGGGGGAAGGAAUUGGUCGGCGUGAAUCACUGUGUUGGACGCUUUAAUCGUGAGGUCGGCAAGCUAACAAACCACUCAGACAUUGAAAUGGGCAGACUGAUCACGGGCUCGACCAACCCGGUCGUCUUGUACGUCUCGGGAGGCAAUACACAGGUCAUCGCAUACAGCUCGCAAAGGUACCGGAUCUUUGGUGAAACGCUCGAUAUCGCCGUGGGCAACUGCUUGGACAGAUUCGCCCGCACAUUACACAUCUCCAAUGACCCUGCACCGGGGUAUAACAUCGAACAACUAGCCAAGAAGGGUAAACAGUUGGUCGACCUACCGUACACGGUGAAAGGAAUGGACUGCUCCUUUUCGGGAAUCCUCGCCGCGAUUGAUGGAUUAGCAGCCUCAUACGGCCUGAAUGGAAAGGAGAAAGAGGAAGAGGAAAAAUUAGUGGCUUUAUCAGAUCCAGCAACAUCAGAGGCAGUUGAAAACGUCAAGCCCACUCGCGCGGACCUCUGCUUUUCCCUGCAGGAGACAAUCUUCUCCAUGCUUGUGGAGAUCACUGAGCGCGCGAUGGCGCAUGUUGGUUCCAAGGAAGUCCUAAUAGUAGGCGGUGUGGGUUGCAACGAGCGAUUACAGGAGAUGAUGGGGAUCAUGGCUCGGGAUCGUGGAGGAAGCGUUCAUGCGACGGAUGAGAGAUUCUGUAUCGACAACGGAAUCAUGAUCGCCCAGGCGGGCAUGCUUGCCUACAAGACAGGUUUCCGUACUCCACUAACAGAGUCAACCUGUACGCAGCGAUUCCGAACGGACGGUGUGUUUGUGAAAUGGCGAGAUUGA